AUGAUCAUCGGACAUAUAAUCAGGAGAUCGCUGGACCCGGGCACACGGGAGAAGUGGGAGCUCAAGCUAGGAGACUCCAGGGAGAUCGAUAUACAACCUGUAGGGAACCGCUACGUGCUUGUUGUGACAGACUACUUCACCCGAUGGCCUGAAGUAAUUCCGGUUCCUAACCAUCAGACUUCAACGGUCGCUGAGGUUCUAGAAACGCAUGUUUUCUCUCGUUAUGGUAUACCUUUGGAAAUACAUUCGGAUCAAGGUAGAAACUUUGAAUCCCAUAUUUUCCAAGAGGUAAUGACAUUGCUUGGGGUCAAAAAGACGAGGACAACACCUUUGAGACCUCAGUCAAACGGUUUGGUGGAACGGUUGAAUCGAACCAUCUUGAAUUAUCCUACCAAGUUCGUGGCAGACAAUCAGAGAGAUUGGGAUAGAUGGAUUCCAUUGUUCUUAUUAGCAUAUCGUUCUGCCAAACACCAGACUACGGAGUAUUCACAAGCAAUGCUAAUGCUGGGACGCGAACGUACCUUACCAUUAGAUUUAAUUAGAGGUUCCGUUCCACGUGAUAAUUCCACCAUCAAUGCCAUUCCAGAGUUCAUAACUGAACUGAGAGCAAAACUCAAUGAUGUUCAUGAUAUAGUUAGAAAUAAUUUAAUUCUCAAAAGCCAAAAAAUGAAGAGUCAUUAUGACCAUAAAGCACGAAUGCUUGCGUAUCAGGUCGGUGAGAAAGUUUGCCUCUUUUACCCCCGAAGAACCAAAGGAAAAUCACCGAAAUUACAAAGUGAUUGGGAUGGGCCUUAUACCAUUAGGACCAAAAUCAAUGAUGUUGUUUAUCGAAUAGGAAAAUUGCCACGUGGUAAACUUAAAAUUGUUCACGUUGACAGACUUGUUCAUUAUGAUGAUUAA